AAUGGGUCAUCAUCGUUGCUGUCAUUCUUCUCGUUAACAUCAUUCAUCGGAGAGUUAUCAAUCGAACGAAAUAGAAUCGUGCCAGAAUAUUCCAUUUGAAAAAUUUUAUCAUUUAACGUCUGCCCACAAAAUUGUACGAAUAUAAUAAAAAGCAAUGGAUACUCCACCGAUUCCCGAGGGGCAGUCUCAGGCUGAUUUUAUUAAAGAAGAUCUCAAUUUCGACGUUGAUCCUAAUGAUCCUCUAACACAGGCUGCUCUCCAGGAUCAUCCCGAACAGGAAUGGAUCGACAUUCUCGGGAAUGGACAACUUAGAAAAAAAACGAUAUCCAAAGGUCAAAAGGGCUUUCGGCCUAAUAGAUAUGAUCUUUGCACCCUCAGAAUUACCUGCAAACUUCCAGAAAGUGAUAAAAUUGUUGAAGAAGUUGACGACAUUACCAUACAAUUGGGAGAUGUUGAAGUUAUCCAGGGGCUUGAUCUGGCUAUAGCUCUUAUGGAACUCGGGGAGACAGCAGAAAUAGAAGUAGCUUCUAGAUUUGCUUACGGUGACACUGGUUUGCCACCUGAUAUUCCUCCUGGUGCCACUCUCUUGUACACCAUUGAAUUGAAAUCAAUGAACACCGAAACGGACAUUGAGGACCUGGAUUUCCACAGAAGGAAAAAGAUCGGGAACAAGAAACGUGAGCGUGGAAAUUGGUGGUUUGAACGAUCGGAGCCAACCCUCGCAAUCCAGUGUUACCGGCGUGCUCUGGAUUUUUUGCAUCCCACAAACAGCGUGUCAACUGGAUCGGGCGACAAUGAAUCAGAUCAAGGGCGCAAAGUGGAAGAGUCAAUAAGUGAUGCAGACUUGCAAGCCAUACUCGAGGACAGAACGAUCGUUUAUAAUAAUUUGGCAGAAGCUCAGAUUAGGAUCGAGGCGUACGAUGCUGCGUUGGACAGCGUUGAAAACGUCUUGAGAUGUCAGCCACAAAAUGUUAAAGCUUUGUUCAGAAAAGGUAAAAUUCAUCACAAGAAAGGAAAUCACGUGAAAGCUUACGAAACAUUGCUUCAGGCUUUGAAAAUCAUGCCCAACAACAAAGCGAUACAACAAGAAUUAGCCAUACUGAAAAGCAAGACGGUGAAGGACAUAGCACACGAGAAAAAUCUGUAUCGUAAGAUGUUGGGCACUCCGAAGGAAGACCAUAAAAGGAACAACCAAAUAUUCUCCAAGAACAAUUCAAAGGGACAAGAGAACUCCAAAAGCGCAGCAAAAAUAGCUGCCUGGAGUCUGGCCGGUGGUGCUGUGGCAGCGAUCGCUGCUGGGGUCGCUUACAGAUUCGUUUUUUAAAGACAAUCAUUACUGGUACGGGCACUUGGGCAUCACUUGUACAUUCCAAGUGCAUUUUUUUAAAAACAUUACUUUUGUUAUUUAUUUUUUUAUUUCUACCAAUCGACUUAUUCGAGAGUUAGUUAUAUUUCCACUUGUGAUGCCGAAUACACGACUUAUUUAUCCAUCGAUACAUAAAAAAUCUUCGGUUUUUUCGCAAAUCGACUAUUGUUCAUGAGAAAAAACAAACUGAUCAGCAACAAUAAAUUAUGUAAUUAUGUA